GCACCGGGAGCCCCGCCCCGAGGAGCCCGGCCGGGCGGCUGGGUACCGGGAGAAGGAUGGCUCCGUGUCGCCUUUCCCAAGGAGAAGGCGGCAGAUAGAGCCCAGCCCGGGAUGCGGCUGCUUUCCCCCGCGCUCUGCGCAUCGCCGGGGCCAGCCCGGCGCGGAGGGGUCACCCCAGGUACGGCCACACCGCCCCGACACCCGCUCCGGCACGGGCAGCCCGACCUUGUCUCGCCAGGGGCCGAGCCCGGGAUUCGUCAUUCCUGCUGGAAAAAUGGCAGCGGCGUUGUGUUUCUCCGUGACAUCCCACUCCCCCUGACGCACAGGCCGGUUUUCCUUGAGGAGCAGCAGAAUCCUCCCUCUGUGCGGUUCGUAGCACCGCAGAUCUCCCGAGUGCCGCCGCGGCCUCGCCAGCCAAAGGUUUCAUCCCGCUUUUCUGUAAGUGCACGGUGCUGUCUGCUCCUUGGGAUUCAGGAUACAACAAGGAAAAUCCCCAGUAGAACAGGUUCGUCGGUGAGGGCACCAAUGGAAAUGUGGAGCAGCAGCAGCACUGAGAAGUUUUACAGGAUCCCUGAAGGAAAGGGACCUCACUCAGUUGGAUGUACAGACCUGAUGACAGAAAAUGCAGUUGAGGGAAGCUUUUUGCGCCUGUAUUAUCCAGCAUAUGAUGCCACAGAUAUCGCAGAGGCACGAUGGAUUCCAGACAAAGAAUACUAUCAGGGACUCUCUGACUUCCUUAAUAUGUACCGAGUUGUAGGAGAAAGGCUUUUCCAUUACUAUGUUGGUUCAGUGACCUGUCCUGCAAAGUCAAAUGCUGCUUUUAAGCCAGGAGAAAAAUACCCACUUCUUGUUUUUUCCCAUGGACUUGGAGCUUUUCGGACAAUCUAUUCUGCUAUUUGCAUAGAGAUGGCUUCUCAGGGCUUUAUAGUGGCUGCUGUGGAGCACAGAGAUGAAUCUGCUUCAGCCACAUAUUAUUGUAAAAGAAGGUCCGUUUCUGAGUCACAGGAAGAGUCUCCACCUAACAUGGAGAAGGAGUGGAUCUACUACAGGAAACUGAAAACUGGAGAGGAAGAGCGUUGCUUGCGCCAUAAGCAGGUUCAGCAAAGAGCACAGGAGUGUAUCAAAGCUCUCAAUCUCAUUCUUAAAAUCAAUUCAGGAGAGGAAGUAACAAAUGUAUUACAUUCAGACUUUGACUGGAACAGCCUAAAGGAUUCUGUUGAUACUAGCAGAAUAGCUGUGAUGGGACACUCUUUUGGUGGUGCUACAGUUAUUGAAAGUCUCAGCAAAGAAAUAAGAUUUAGGUGUGGCAUUGCCCUCGAUGUAUGGAUGCUUCCUGUAGGUGAUGACAUUUACCAAAACAGCAUCCAGCAACCACUGCUUUUUAUCAACUCUGAAAAAUUCCAGUGGGCUGAGAACAUCUUAAAGAUUAAGAAGCUCAUCUCCAAUGACACAAACAAAAAGAUGAUCACUAUCAAGGGGUCAGUACAUCAGAGCUUUCCUGAUUUCACCUUUGUGAGUGGAGGAAUCAUUGCAAGAUUUUUCAAAUUAAAAGGAGAAAUAGAUCCAAAUGAAGCCAUUGAUAUCAGCAAUCAUGCUUCAUUAGCCUUCCUACAGAAACAUCUGAGUCUUAAGAAGGAUUUUGAUCAGUGGGAUUCUCUUGUGGAUGGUAUAGGACCCAAUGUUAUUCCUGGAACCAAUAUUGACACAUCUCCAGCUGAAUCUGAGUAAGGAGUACAGAGAACUACUGAAAAUGCCAUGGACAUCAGGACACUAAUAUUGGUCAGACACUGCUCAGACAUGUGGUGGCAUUAAACACCUACAAAGCUUUUGGGCUAUGGAACAGAAAAAAAAAAAAAGAGGCAAGGCACUAAGUUACAUAAUCAUAAAAACAGAGGGUUUCUGUUCAAAUGAGUUAGUGGGAUGCUCUGAAAUACUGUAAUAGGGCAACUUCUGCUUUGUAAGCAGCUUGGGGAAAUUAUUUAGUAAUAAUUUAAAUACUCUUUCUGGUUUUGACUGGAGUCAAGUUUGCAGAAAGACAGAUUGAGCUCCAAGGAAUUCAGCUACAGGUUCGUUUACCAAACUUUAUGUCAGUUUGCAUCCAGCAAGCCUUUCCUGCAGGGUAGGGGAAAAGAAACAAAACAAAAAAACCCCAAACCACCACUUUUCUUUUAGAUUCUAAGUAUUUCAGCUGUGCUCUGACAACAGUUGGGAGUUAGAGAUGCCUGUGGAGGGUGGUGUUCAAGACUGUGUCUUUUAUUAAUAAGUCACAGUAAAAGCUACAAGAAGGAUUUCAGCUGACAGCAGAGAAAGUCCAGACACAGGACUCCUCACAGGAGCUUAAUCCACUUAAAAGUAAAAUGUGUUUAGUGCCAUAGGUAGAGGAUGAUGUUUAUAUCUCAAAAGCUUUUCCAUGGGUCCACACUAGUAGCAACUGUAAUUGCCCCUGGGCAAAGCUCCAGCAGCUCCUCCCUUGUCUGUGUUUCAACUACCACACAGUCAGACUGCAGGGGAAAUAGAGAUGUGGUACCUCUACAGCUCCCUUUACAUGGUCCUUGUUAGCACUGCUUCAGCUCCUGAGGUCUGUCCAGGUAGUAAACACUCCCCAGAAACUCAGCUUUCUCCAGGUACUCACAAUGGUCUCUAGGUGACUCAGUUGGCUCCCACUGACAGAGACAGACAGCAGUGGUAGUAUCUGGACAAAGAUUGUCAGUAGCCACCUGGGUGGCCUUCUUUUAGGCUCUCCUUUUUGGAUCAGAACUGCCUGAAGCUGCCCCAUGGAAGGGUGUUUUCUAAACUCUGUUCACUUCAAAAUCAGGUUACAAACAAAACCAGUGAAGCAAACAAAUUAAGAAAUUAACAGUGUAAUUAAGUAUUUUACAUAAUCUGUGAUCUUAAAAUGAAAUUGCAAUAACACCUAAAGACGUGUCUUUCAGAAUUUAAUUAAAUUCUCCCCAGCCUAGUGCCAUGUAUUGUCUCUAUUAAGCAAAUAAAUGUGUUUGUCUUACUGAGUCAGCACUAA